AUGAUAGAUUUAUUUUUGAAUCAGAAAACCAAAUCUAAGGAUUGGAGGAAGUACUUGAUAUUUAGGGAGGAAUGGAAGAAAUAUAGGAAUAGCUUCUUCAUUAGGUGCCAAAGAAGAGCUGAGAUGGAGAAUGAACCAACAAUGAAGGAGAAAUUUGCUUCAUUAGGGAGAAGGGUUAAGAAGAUUGAUGAUGAAAUGGAAGGACACUAUGAACUUCUCAAGGAGAUACAAGAUUUUCCGACCGAUAUUAAUGCCAUAGUUGCACGAAGGCGCAGAGACUUCUCUGGAGACUUUUUCCGCUACCUCUCUCUUAUUGCUGAUACGUAUGACAGCUUGGAGGAUCGUGAUGGGAUUGCAAGGCUUGGGGCUAAAUGCUUAUCGUCUGUUGGGGCAUAUGAUAAUACUUUAAAGAAUAUGGAGACGUUAGACGCUGCGCAGGCCAAAUUUGAUGAUAUCCUCAAUUCUCCUUCAAUUGACGUAGCUUGUCAGAAAAUCAAAAGCCUUGCAAAGGCAAAGGAUCUUGAUUCUUCAUUGGUAUUGUUGAUAAAUGGUGCUUGGGCUAAAGCGAAAGAAUCUACAACAAUGAAGAAUGAGGUGAAAGAGAUAAUCGAUUCUCUGCCUUGGCAAUGGCUUUUCUCUCCCGGUGAUGAACAUGAAGCCAAGGAUCCUAAUGCUUUAUACACCACCCCGAAGGAGUUGCACAAAUGGAUUCAGAUAAUGCUUGAUGCAUAUAAUCUGAACAAGGAAGAAUCAGAUUUAAGAGAAGCUAGGCAAAUGACUGAUCCAAUAGUUAUUCAAAGAUUGUUUAUCCUCAAAGAUACCAUUGAGAAGGAAUACAUGGAAAACAAAACAGUUCCAAAGUCUGAGACAGAGGAUGACUCCCUAUCAGAAGUGUUUUGA